AUGAUCCAAUAUAUCCUCCAGAAGUUUUCCGAACAAGAUUUCGUAUGCGGAAGCCAUUAUUCGAACGAAUAAUGAGUAAACUCGUUGAAACAGAUGAAUUUUUUCAACAAAAAAGUGAUGCAACUGGGAGAUUAGGUAUGUCCUCAAUUCAAAGUACUGCAGCUAUGAGAGUUUUGGCAUACGGUACAGGAGCUGAUUUGCAUGAUGAAUACCUUCGAAUGAAUGCACAAACUAUUAGAAAAUCUGUUAAAAAAUCUGUGCAGGGUGUGAUUUCAAACUUUGGUGAUGAGUACCUCAGAAAGCCGAAUGAAGGUGACUUAGCAUAUUUGUUGCAUAUUGGUGAACAAAGAGGUUUCCCAGGUAUGUUAGGAAGUAUUGAGCAUGCACUGGGAGUGGAAAAAUUGUCCUGCUGCAUGGGCAGGACAUAUAAAGGAAGAAACGGUAAGGCAACAAUCAUUUUGGAAGCCGUUGCAUCACAAGAUUUAUGGAUCUGGCAUGCAUUCUUUGGAACUCCGGGGUCCAAAAAUGAUAUCAACGUGCUUAAACAGUCUCCUCUUUUCAAGGAUGUCUUGGAAGGUCGAGCACCAAAGGUUAGUUAUAUUGUCAAUGGCCACGAGAAAAAUAUGGGAUAUUAUCUCACUGAUGGGAUAUAUCCUCAAUGGGAAACAUUUGUUAAAUCAAUCAAUCACCCACAAAUUAAGAAGCACCAGCUAUUUGCUCAACAUCAAGAAGCAGCUCGAAAAGAUGUCGAGCGAGCAUUUGGGGUUCUGCAGGCUCGCUUCCAUUUCAUCAGACAACCAUGUCUUCUGUGGGAUCGUGACAUGAUGGGAAAAAUAAUGCUUGUUUGCAUCAUUAUGCACAAUAUGAUAGUGGAAGAUGAGAGACACACUUACUUAAACUAUUGUGAUCCUACAGAGUUUAUGGAGGCUAGAAGAUCUAAUCCUCAAAAUGAAGAUGAUGAUAAUUUAAAUGUUGAAUUCUCUAUGGAACGAAUUGCAAGUUUAUCUAGGUACAUGACAAAUAGGUCACAACUUCCCCUAAAUACUCUCCCAAUUUCGCAUUUUCUUGAUCGAGCGAACACUUUCUCCAUUAUCGGUCCAUUAAUCGCUUCACUGGUGUUCUCAAGGCGGACGGCAUGUCUAAACGGUGCGAUGUUCAAUGCUUAUUCUCUAAUUGUUCUGAUAUUUUUCAAUCAUCUCACAGCACACACUCUGGGC